AUGGCACUCGUGGACCUUCAUCUUGCCAAACUUGCUGGCCUCGUGCUCGCUGCUUUGGCCGUCUUUCACAUUCUUACACGCAUCCAUCUGGCGAGCAAGCGUCGAGCCUUAGCUCGUGAAAAAGGAUGUCUGCCACCUCCCCUUUAUCCGCAACCAGAGCAGAUUUUUGGAUGGAGCCUGUUUCGCCAGAAUAUGCGCUCGUUGAAGCAGCGCAAAUUCCUCGAGUCCUCAGCCAACAGGUUUCGGGAGAUGGGCGUCAACACGUACCAGCUGGUCGCUCUAGGAAGGCGUCUCUAUACCACCAUCGAGCCAGAAAACCUCAAGACCAUCCAGGCGGUCGAUUUCAAGAAGUGGGGGCUGGGAGAAAGACGCAAGAUAUCCUUCAGGCCACUCCUCGGCGACGGCAUUUUCACCACCGACGGCGCCGCGUGGCAACACUCUCGCGAGAUGCUGAGGCCCAACUUCGUCCGCUCUCAAAUCGGCGAUCUGCAGACCUUUGAACGCCAUAUCCAACACCUCAUCGCCGAAGUGCCCCGAGACGGGUCGAUGGUGGAUCUUUCCGUUUUGUUCUUCCGGCUCACAAUGGACUCGGCUACCGAGUUCCUCUUUGGCGAAUCUACCGAGUCUUUGACGAAACGGAGCUCCGAAGGGUUUGCUGAGUCGUUCAUGCGUGCGCAAGACUACAUUGCGCACAAUUCACGAUGGGGCAGACUGGCAGCACUGUUCCCAGCAAACAAACAGUUUGCCUACGACCAGAAGCUCGUCCACGACUUCGUGGAUUACUACGUCCAGAAGGGUUUGGCAAGGCGGAGCGAGCUUCUGGCCAACAAGUCGACCGCCGAGAAAUCUGGUCGUUAUGUCUUCCUCGACGAACUGGUCCGGCAAACCACCGAUCCCAUCCAGAUUCGAAGCGAGCUUCUGAACAUCCUGCUCGCCGGGCGUGACACUACUGCGUCCUUGUUGACGAAUGUGUGGUACAUGCUCAGCAAACGUCCAGAUAUCUGGCAGAAGCUGCAACAAGAAGUCUCCACGCUCAACGGAGAGCUGCCCACCUUCGAGCAGCUCAAGGACCUCAAGUAUCUGAAAGCUCUGCUGAACGAAUCACUCAGACUUCAUCCCGUCGUUCCCGGAAACAGUCGCGAAGCGCUAGAGGAUACCACCCUGCCGCUCGGUGGCGGUCCGGAUGGCCGAUCCCCGCUGUUUGUCAAGAAGGGAGACGUCAUGAGCUGGUCCGUUUACACCAUGCACCGUCGUAAGGACUACUACGGACAGGACGCUGAAGAGUUCAAACCUGAGCGCUGGUUGGAUGAUCCUACAACGGGCAGGAAGGGAUUGAGAACAGAUUGGCAUUACCUUCCGUUUAACGGGGGGGCGCGAAUCUGUCUUGGACAACAAUUCGCCCUGACGGAGGCCAGCUAUACCACCAUCCGUCUUUGUCAAGCAUUCAGUGGUAUCGAGAGCCGCGACGCAGAGCCCUGGCAGGAGAGUCUGGCGCUGACGUGCGUCAAUUACGGUGGAGCGAAGGUAGUAUUGACUGCCGUGGACGCCUGA